GUCUGAACUGAGUGCGACACAGGAAGAUCCGCAUUACGACUGCUGGUGAAGUGUUGCCAUAACAGGCAGGUGGCUAACGCUAAUGUUUGCUAACUAAUUAGCAGGAUAGGUGUCGUGUGUGUGUGUGUGUGUGUGUGUGUGCGCGCGGGUGUUCCAGUCUGAACCAUGGAACAGUGUGCCUGUGUUGAGCGGGAGCUGGAGAAAGUGCUUCAUCGCUUCGUGAUGUACGGCCACCAGUCUGAGGAGAGGCUAGACGAGCUCCUGCGCAGUGUCUGCGAGAUACGAGGACAGCUAGUUGCUUUUGGAGUACAGGAUGCAGACUUGUCAGUCCUAUCUCAGACCAUGGCACAGUGUUGUAAGAAUAUCAAAGAAACAGUGCAGAUGCUAGCCUCCCGACACAAGGACAUCCAUGGCAGUGUGUCAAAAGUGGGCAAAGCAAUUGACAGGAAUUUUGAUGCCGAAAUCAGUGCUGUGGUGGCAGAGACGGUGUGGGACACCCCAGAGAGACAGAAAUAUUUGAGUGAGACAAUUGUGGAGCACCUUUACAGACAAGGAAUGCUCAGUGUAGCCGAGGAUCUUUGUCAGGAGUCUGGUGUAGUUAUAGAUAUGAGUAUGAAGCAGCCUUUCCUGGAGCUGAACAGAAUCCUUGAAGCUCUAAGGAUGCAGGACCUCAGGCCGGCACUAGAGUGGGCUGUGUCGAAUCGACAGCGCCUUUUGGACCUAAACAGCAGUUUAGAGUUCAAGUUGCACCGCUUGUACUUCAUCAGCCUGCUCAGCGGGGGAAUCAACAACCAAAUGGAGGCCUUGCAGUAUGCCAGGCACUUCCAACCCUUUGCCUCUCAGCACCAGAGAGAUAUUCAGAUCCUGAUGGGCAGUCUGGUGUACCUGCGUCACGGCAUCGACAACUCUCCGUACCGCACUCUGCUGGAGACAAACCAGUGGGCCGAGAUCUGUAACAUCUUCACCAGGGAUGCCUGCGCUUUACUGGGUCUCUCUGUAGAGUCUCCGCUCAGUGUUAGUUUUGCAUCGGGCUGUAUGGCCUUGCCAGUGCUGAUGAACAUCAAGCAGGUGAUCGAGCAGAGACAGUGCAGCGGAGUCUGGACGCACAAAGAUGAGCUGCCUAUUGAAAUCGACCUUGGGAAGAAGUGCUGGUACCACUCUGUGUUUGCCUGCCCGAUCCUCCGACAGCAAACCUCCGAGAGCAAUCCUCCCAUGAAGCUCAUCUGUGGGCACGUCAUCUCCAGAGAUGCCCUCAACAAACUGACUAAUGCUGGAAAGUUGAAAUGUCCGUACUGCCCUAUGGAGCAGAAUCCAUCACAUGCCAAGCAGAUCUACUUUUGAUACCGCACAUUUCUUCACAAGUAAGGAUGAAGUUCCCUGGAGCUGUUCGCAUUUCCAGGACCAUUUGCUCUGGCCCUUUCCCUCUGUCCCUGGCCUCUUGCCCUUUUUAUUCUAAGCAUUACGGUUGAGUCCCAGUGCUCCUCUGGACAGCCUUGGGCUUCCCGCCACCCACCUCGGACCCUCCAACUUUGCGUAGUAUACAGAGUCCAGCAGGGAUGGUCCAACUACAACCUGUAGUCAAGAGAGGAGUCUCAAUGUCAGUACUGAGAGCAUCCUCGCAAAGAGGCACCUCCUGAAAAGGUGCAUUCAUUGAAACUCAUUUGCAGACACCUGCAGAGUUAUAGGCUUAUCUUUCUCAAGUAUGUAAUACUUUAUAGUGGUAUUUUCUUCGACUUUAUAAAAAUGUUUGAGUUGGAUGACUGCUUCUUUUUUUUUUUUCUUUCUCUCCUUUGUGACAGAAGCAGCUGAAUGAUUAUGGUCAGAUGAGUGGGGGGAAAUGGUUUAGCUUUUCAAAAUGGUAAUAAAAUUCUAUGAAACAUGAAGAAAACCCACAAAAACAAACAGUCGAAGGUCUAUUAUUUGCUGGUGAAGGGAUCUGCGGGGGAUGCUCUUGAACCGAACUCUUGAUCGGGACCCAUUGUUUCUCCCAUGAUGUAAUAAAGGCCUCACAUAGCUUGAAAGUCAGUGUUGGCCGAUGAAACCAUUUGAGCAGCAAAACAAUUCACUCAUCAAUGGUGGAACAGCUUUUUUUUUUUUUUUUGUGACUGACUGCACCAGCGAGAUUUUCCUCAUUGUAGAAGCUAUUUGUCUUGUUCUAUGUAUGUAUUUAACAAACAAAAAGGAAAACAAAAAAUAUAUACUACUGUGAAAUGUGCUUUUGUUUCUAUUUUUCAUUGCAACCGCAAAAACCGCUCAUGUAAAAUAGCAAAUCAAACGGAACGCGCAUAAUUGGCACUACAGCGCAGCGCUCAAGACAAAGGACUCGACAGUUCAUGUCCCGGGCGGGCCAUCACCCCACUGCUCAGCAUUGUGUAGCCUAAGCUCGCCAGCCAUGUGGUUUGGAGAUGUGAAGUGGCGUGACAGUAGCCGUGCGCUCUGACUUGCAGUGACCGUGGGCUUAUGGUUCAGCUUUAUCCGUCGUGGGUGGGAGGACUCCUCUGAUCAUUUGUGGCCGUUUAAUAAACACUUCGAUAAUGCUGCUGCUGCUGCAUAGCUUUUAUUUGAGAUGGAGUCAAAAUAGAAACAUUUAAAAUCCAUACAUUUCCUCAGGGCUCAUCGUAACAAGUUCACAUCACAUUUUUCAUUUCGUAUUAAAGUUGUACAUUUAUAUAAGGAGGCUUGAACAAAGGUGACACAUGCUACACUGCUGAGGUUAAUGGUUUGGAGUUUGUAUAUAUUAUUCAGAUACAGGCGUAACCCUUGUAAAGAAACGUGUCACAAGUCCAAAGUCAUUUGGACGCACCAUACAGUAUGUUUAGAUGAUCAAUAAUAAUAGUGCAAGUUCCCAGGGUGCUCUGGGAAAUGGUGAUGUCACCUCACACUGGUGAGGCUCAUUUGUUCAGCUCUCACUGAUGCAACGUUCACACUCAGUUCUAAGUCUGCGUUCAAGAAUAUUUUUUUCCAAAUCAGGGUUUCUUUUAGAAAUGAGUUAAAGCUCUUGUUGAAUUUGUGUGGACCUUCACGGACUUUCCUGUUUUUUCUUUCUUUGGUUGACAAUCAUACACUGCUUCUCGAGUUUUUCCUUUCAGCUAGCGCUCUGUACUUCUGCCCUGUUUAUUUUGUUGAAUGUUUGCAUUUCCUGCUUUUGCAACUUUCUUUUGUAAAUAUUUACCCUCUAACAUGUUUCAUAUACUUGCAUCUGAAAUAAAAAUAAAAGUGUAAACUCCAAGUCCUGGAGUAAUGGCA